CGUUAUUAUACUUGCUUUUUAUACGAUGGGAGAAAAGAAAUCAAAAAAGCCAAAAAAAGACAAGAAGCACAAGAAGCACAAGAAACACAGCCAUCACCAUAGUGACAGCGACGACGAUCAAGAGAUUGACUACUCGGAUCCCUCAUUAUGGGUAGAAGCCGAGCCGUCCUCUUCAUCCGCAGCUCCGCCUGCAACAACUACAACUGCUGCUGCACAAGAGCCAAAAGCAGAAGGAGGUCCACCACCGCGCCAUGAAUGGAUGCUGAACGAUGCAUUCGAUUUCGGAUCUAUGGGUACUGCACGACCCAAACAAGAAACAAAACCCGAUCCUGAUCUGCCUAAAAUCAGUCAUCGUGAGUUGAAUCCACAUCUCAGGGCUGGCUUGAAUGUCGACCAAUAUCCUACUACUAGUAGUAGUACUGUAACGAAAUCGACGUUCAAGUUUGGCGAUGCCGGAUCCAAGUGGCGUAUGACCAAGCUGAAACGUGUCAUGGAACAAGCCGAGGACGAAGGGCUGACAAUUGAAAAAGUUGGCAUUGAGCGUUAUGGAUCGCUUGAAAAGCUCAAUGAAGCAUUGGAUGAACGCGCGUUCUUGGAUGGUAAAAAGAAACAUUCAUCCUCUUCAUCAAGAUCGUCGUCAAGGAGAGAUUCACCGCCAGCUUCAUCAUCAAACACCAGCAAACGCUUCAUGUAUGCCGAGACAGAUGCAGCGUCAAAAUCAUUCAAACGGCCAGAGAGCGUGGAUGAGUUCGGUCGUGAACUGAAACGGCGGAAAAAGUCACCAGAUACCUCAUCUCCAUUAAUUAUUACACAACAUCAGAUGCCUGCCGCUUUCUCGUCACCUGAACCGAUCUUGACACGCGAUCAGCUAAACAAGUUGAAUGCCGAGGUGUUGAAGGCCAAGCUGAUGGGCAAGGAUAACGCAGAAGAGCUGGAGAAGGAGUACCAGAAGCAGCUCCAGUUAUUUGAAGCUGCAGAGACAGGCGUUGCAGAAGGAACAGAUCAGGAUGGCAAAUCAGUCAGCAUACUGCCUACAGUCGACAGUGGGGGCCGAUUCUAUGAUUAUGCACUCUCAAACGACAGCACAAUAAGCUCCGAUCGCAAGGGUAAAAACAAGGAACGGUUUCAAAACACACAUGAUCCCAAGACUGGCGAACGACUGCGAUAUGGUACCACCGACGACAAAAUCUCAUUGAUGGAUAUGGUGCGCCAAGAAAAGGCAGGUAGUCGGGCGACAUCCAACAUGGAUCUCGAGUUUGCCAACAAGAUCAUGACCGAUGCGACGUUUGAGAACAAUCUUGAUUACAUGGACGACAAGGCUGAAGUGAUGGGUGCGCGCAAAGGGAUGACAGAAGAACAAAAGAUGCGAUUUGCGGUCAGGGACUAUAAGCGGACACAGGGUGCUUUGGAGAAGUGCCGGUUCUGCUACCAUGACGACAAGUCGCCACAAUGCUGCAUGGUCUCCUUGGCAACCCAGACAUAUCUCGCAUUACCAAACGUUCAAGAGCUCACACCUGGCCACUGCCUGAUCGUGCCAAUACAGCAUGUCACAUCCAUGCUCGAGUGCGAUGACGAUGUGUGGGAUGAAGUGCGGAAUUUCCAAAAAUGUCUGCUCCAAAUGUUUAACGAACAAGGCUGUGGAGUUGUCUUUAUGGAGACCGUCACAAACUUGCGUAGCCAUCGACAUACGGCCAUUGAAUGCAUUCCCAUUCCAUAUGGCGUCUAUGAAGAGGCACCGGCAUAUUUCAAAGAAUCGAUUCUUGGCGUCGAUGAAGAAUGGUCUCAGCACAAAAAGCUGAUCGAAACAACCUCACGUGGGUUCCGCAACUCGAUGGUCAAGGACUUGCCAUACUUUCAUGUAUGGUGUGGCCUAGAUUCGAGUUAUGGCCACGUGAUUGAAAAUUCUAAAGAGUUUCCUCAUUGGUUUGGUAAAGAGACGAUCGCUGGUAUGCUCGAUAUCGGACCUGAGCUGUGGCGGAAGCCAAGGUACCAUCACGUGAGCGAGAAUCGAUCAAGGCAGUUGGCAUUUUUGAAGGACUGGGAACAGUGGGAUUGGACGGCAGCAUUACCGUCCUAGUGUUUACAGUUGUUUGUAGCUCUUUAAUAAAGUACUUAUCAUGCAAGGAAUAGGAAGAUGCUAACGUG